CAGUGGAGGGAUUGGCAGAGAGAGGGGUGGAGGACACUGAGUGGAGGGCGAGUGGAGGGAUUGGCAGAGAGGGGUGGAGGAGUGGAGGACACUGAGUGGAGGGAUUGGCAUAGAGGAAUGGAGGACACAGUGGAGGCCAGUGGAGGGAUUGGUAGAGAGGGGUGGAGGACACUGAGUGGAGGCCAGUGGAGGGAUUGGUAGAGAGGGGGGGAGGACACAGUGGAGGCCAGUGGAGGGAUUGGUAGAGAGGGGUGGAGGACACAGUGGAGGCCAGUGGAGGGAUUGGCAGAGAGGGAUGGCAGAUACAGAACGG